AUGUGUAUCGCCCCGGACUUGCCAGCAGACUCGGUGCAAGGCGGCGCACUUGACCAGUUUUUGGCCGAGAGCUCCACCAGCAUCAAGGGUGUGAAGGGGUUGUGCGAGGGGGAGUGCUGCUCCACCUCGAUGAUGAACCAUACUCUUGCCCACCCGGAGAAGUCCAAAGACAAUCAUGCUCGCGACCUUGGUUUGUUGCUCCUCAAAGUCUCCGGUCGCCUGCCACAGAUGCCAGUCGAGAUCCAUGAACUCAUCAUCCCUACAGGUAUCAAGGCCGCUCCUGCCCCCACUACGAGCCCCAGUCCGAGUUUUUUGCUCCCCACACCCACACCCAAGGCACCGAUCAGUGCUGUCAAGAGCACGGUGUCCAAGACCAUUGCUCCAAUCAAGGAAGCUGGCAAGAAGGCCGCAAAGACGGUAUCCCAGGCAGCGCCCUCCCCUCCUUCCAAGCCAUCGGCUCCUUUCAAGUUUUCUGGCUCCAUCAACAAGGGCACCCAGGAGAAGGGGAAGUCGGAGGCAAGAGCUGACCAGGGGGUGGCAUCAAAGCUCGUGUCCAAGAUUCAGCCCCCGAAGGGCAGCCGGCUGCAGUCGGGGGUUGAGGACGCGGCCGGCAAGGCGGCCGACGCGGUGAAGGAUGCUGUGCCGUCUCUGCCCACCCUACAGUCCAGGGCCAAGCAGGCGGCGCCUUCCCUGCCAUCGCUGCAGUCCAAGGCAAAGCAGGCGUUGCCGUCCCUGCCCACUCUGCAGUCCAAGGCUAAGGAAGCCGUGCCUUCUCUGCCCACUCUGCAGUCCAAGGCCAAGGACGCGGUGCCUUCCCUCUCAACCUUACAGUCUAAGGCCAAGCAGGCGGUGACGAGCAACACGCCAUUGUCAGGCGACGGACCCUUCAGCUUCCUGAGCAAGAAGCCGCAGCUGCCAGACGCCGUGAAGAAGGCGGCGAGCGAGACCAAGGCUGCCCUGCCCACGCUGAAGUCCAAGGCGAGCGGCGCCGUGAACCAGGUCAAGGAUGCGGCCCCCUCCGGAGCGGGGCCCUUUGACUUCCUGACCGCCAAGCCGCAGCUGCCCAAGGAGGCGGGCAAGGCGGCGGACGGCGUGGCGUCGGCGGCCAAGUCGCUGGCGAGCAAGGCCGCCGACGCCGGGCAGAAGAGCACCGGCCAGGGGUCGAGCUUCCUGGACGCCCUGACCACCAAGCCGCAGCUCCCCGCCCAGGCGCAGAAGGCGGUGGAGGGCGUGAAGGCGGCGGCGCCCAAGCUGCCGAGCGCGCCCCAGCCCGGCGGCGGGGGCGGGCUGGGCAUGCUCUUCACCUCCAAGCCCAAGCUGCAGCAGCGGGUGCAGAGCGGGGUGGCGAAGACCCAGGCCGCGGCCAAGUCGGCCCUGCCCGGCGCCCCCUCCUCGGCCAAGGACGCCGUCCGGGCGGCGACGGGUGCGGCCGCGGGCCUGGGCGCCGGGCUGGCCUCCCAGGCUGGCAAGGUGGGCGACGCUAUCUCCGCGCCCUCGCUGCCCAGCCUGCCCGACGCAGGGGCCGCGUCCAAGGCGCUGUCCGACGCCGGCAGCGCGGCGUCCGGCGCGCUGAGCUCCGCCAGGUCGGCGCUGACCCCUCUGUCGCCCGGCAGCCCCCUGCCCCAGAGCGUGCAGAGCGCAGCGGGGGCCGUGGCCAAGCAGGCCAAGGCCGCCGGCUCAGGUCAGGGGGUGAGCCUGGGUCAGCGCUCCACGCAGGCGGGCGCGGUGGUGGCCGUGGAGGUGGCGGCCGUCGCACUGGCCACCGCCAUCGUCGGCGGGGUGACGUCGGGGGGCAAGGCCAGCAUGCCCCGCCCCAAGACCAAGUCUGGGACACGCAUUUUCAGGGGUUGA